UGUGUGUUGAGAAAGAGAAGAGGACAACUAUUCUAACUUGAUUAUUGGUGAGGAGGACCGAACAAUCAGGCAUUGCUGGCUGUGUUCUAACAAAACAAUGAUGAAACAAAAGGAUGUUGAACAGCCAUUGUUGCUGAAGAAACACUACCAUGAGAAUUGUCCAGGUUGUAAAGUGGAUCAAGCCAAAGAGCUCAAACAAGAUGUUACCAUUAGGAAUCUCUUGAGCAUUUGGAUGGUGGUGUUAUGCAGCUCACUGCCAAUAGCUUCUCUCUACCCUUACAUAUAUUUUAUGGUAGAUGAUUUCAAUGUCGCAAAAAGAGAGGAAGAUGUAAGUGCAUAUGCUGGUUAUGUAGGAUCCGCAUAUAUGCUUGGCAGGGCUUUGACAUCAGUAUUAUGGGGAAUCAUUGCUGACCGUUAUGGUAGAAAACCUGUUGUGAUUUCAGGGAUAAUCUCUGUGAUCAUUUUCAGCACCCUGUUUGGCCUUAGCACAAAUUUUUGGAUGGCUGUAUUUACACGAUUGGUACUUGGAAGUUUAAAUGGUUUGCUUGUUCCAAUGAUGGCUUAUUGUACUGAAAUAUUUCGAGAAGAAAAGCAAGCUCUAGGACUCUCAACUUAUAGUGCAGCUUGGGGCAUUGGUCUAGUCCUUGGGCCAGCACUGGGAGGUUAUUUGGCUCAGCCAACAGUGAAAUACCCACAUCUAUUUCCAAGUGAUUCCUUUUGGGACAAGUUUCCAUACUUCUUGCCCUCCUUUAUAAUAUCAGCUUUUGCAUUAGCUGUAGCAAUUGCCUGCAUCUGGCUUCCAGAAACACUACACAACCACCCUCCUAGUGACGAGUCCAGUGAAGAAACUGAAGCUUUAGAAACUGGAAGAAGUGGGGCUGACAAAGUGAAGAUAAUCCAAAAAGAUGGAAACCUCUUCCUAAACUUUCCCUUAAUGUCAUCUAUCAUUGUGUACUGCAUUUUCUCACUUCAUGAUAGUGCUUAUCAGGAGAUUUUCUCAUUAUGGGCUGUCAGUCCUCAAAGGUUGGGGGGAUUGAGUUUUUCAACUGAUAAUGUUGGUAACGUUCUUGCAAUAACAGGUACUGGUCUUAUGAUCUACCAGAUUUCCCUAUACCCAUCAUUGCAAAAAGCUUGUGGAACAGUAAGGAUUGCUCUCAUCACAGGGGUGUUAUCCAUACCUCUAUUGCAAAGUUACCCCUUCAUAGCAAUGCUGUCAGGCUUUUUACUAAACCUUGUGAUUAGUAUUGCUUCUGUUCUGAAGAAUAUCCUGACUGUGAGUAUUAUAACGAGUCUAUUCCUUCUGGUGAACGGAGCAGUGGGAUGGCAACGGGUAGGGUCGGGUGCGGGUUUUGCAUCUCCCAUACCCGAACCCGAAAAGGAAAACCCGAACCCGAACCCUACCCGAAAAUGUCGGGUGAAGAAAAUGAAUGCCCAUUUCCGACCCUAUCGGGUUUCGGGAACAACAUCAAAGAGGGGCAGCGAAUGGUGUUGCUAUGACUUCUAUGUCAGUAUUCAAAGCAAUUGGCCCAGCUGGAGGUGGUGCUAUAUUAACUUGGUCACAGAAGCGGAUGGAUGCAUCUUUCCUCCCAGGCACACAUAUGGUCUUCUUUAUCCUGAAUGUUAUUGCAGGAUGUGGAUUGCUAUUGAUGUGUACACCAUUUCUGAGAGUUAAGAAGAAAACUCCCUCUGAGCAGUUUGGUGAAGCAUCUCCAAUUCAUUAGUGCUUCGUUUGGUGAUUGGUAGAUACUGUAUACACUGGAUCAUGGUGAUAGGGAUACAUGUUGCUGAUUGAUGGUGUAAAAAGAAAUGGAUUUUAAGUGGAGAAAUUAUAUUAGUGGAGUUCAGUGGAGCAUUUAAUGAAAUUUGAUUCAUCAUCUGGUUCAUGGGUUUUGAGAUUCAUAGGAUUUAACCUGUACAUGUGUCUAAUAUUCACUACCUUGAAUUUUCCAAUAGUUGUAUUGUUUCAUAGUAUGUCCAUUAAUUGUACCAAGAGGUUUCUUAUGUAUCUAUAAAGACACAUGUACUAAUUCAUUUACCACAAAGCCAAUAAAUAUAAAUCAAGUGAGUUUCUUA